AAAAAAUAAAUAAUUGUAUGUAACAAUGUAAUAAAAGAUAAAGUGCUCUCAAAAUCAGAAAUAUAAAAUAAAUUUGUAUUAAAUAUUGUUAUAUACUGAGUGUAUUUCAUGGGCCUCAAAUAAGCGACGUUUACUGCAAAACAUCUGUUUCCUGUAUUAUUGUUUUCGUAGCUAUUGCCGGCAUUACAGCAUAACAAAUAUUAUUCAAUAAUGCUUAAAACGUGUGGGAAACGUUUAAAAAACAAUUGUGGCGCUUGGCGCUGCCUUUCGAUGCAACAAUCGCACAUGAAUAUUUUCGACAGAAAUGCAAAGCGACUGCAGAAGGAACGAGCGGCACUCAACACAGAUGUGGCGCUUUAUGACUAUCUGAAGGAGGAAGUGGGCUUUCGUCUAGCGGAUCGGGUGUUUGACAUAAAGCGCGAGUUUAAAACAGCCGCCGAUAUUGGCUGCAAUCGUGGUUAUAUAUCAAAGCACAUCUUGGCUGAAUGUGUGGAGCACUUAACCCUUACCGACACAAGUGCCACAAUGCUGGAGCAGGCGCACGGCACUCCAGGCCUUAAAAUAAGCAAAUUGCUGCAAGACGAGGAGCAACUGGAUUUUGAAGAGAACUCUAUGGACUUAAUCAUCUCCAGCUUGAGCUUGCACUGGGUCAAUGAUUUGCCCGGAUGUUUUUCGCGUAUUAAACGCAGUUUAAAGCCCGAUGGCGUGUUUAUUGCUUCGCUAUUUGGUGGUGACACCCUAUAUGAGCUGCGGUCCUCAUUGCAGUUGGCGGAGCUAGAGAGAAAGGGCGGGAUUGCACCUCAUGUUUCGCCCUUUACUCAAAUUCGUGAUAUUGGUUCGCUGCUGAAUCGAGCUGGAUUUACGAUGUUAACCAUCGAUACGGAUGAGGUAGUCAUUGGCUAUCCCAGCAUGUUUGAGCUAAUGUGGGAUCUGAAGGGUAUGGCCGAGAACAAUGCUGCCUUUAAUAGGCCAGCUCACCUAAGCCGUGAAACGCUACUGGCAGCCAGUGCUAUUUACAAAGAGCUCUACGGCAAACCAAAUGAUGAAGGCGUCCCAGCGACAUUUCAAAUUAUCUACCUGGUCGGAUGGAAGCCGGGUCCCAAUCAGCCGCAGCCGCUACCCCGAGGUACAGCUGAGGUAUCCCUUAAGGAUCUGGGCAACAUAUUUGAGAAGGGCGGCAAAAUAAAAAUCGAUACGGAAACCUAAGCCUUUGAAGAUUUAUCAAAAGUUAAAACACUUGUGUUUAUGUUGGAAACGCACUUCAAAAAUUUAAUUUACAAUCAACUUGUAACUUAAAUUAAGUUAAAAUUAACUUAUUUUGAGAAAAGCAAACUGCUAAUUAAACGAACACAAAGUUCAGUGCGUGCUAAACCGGCAUGCAUAUACAUAGUCGUUUUUCUUCUUUUCAAAUAUAUAAAUUACUUACAUUAAAUAUAUAUUUAUAUAUAAACUUGCAUAGUUGGGCAUACAAAACUAUACAUACAUGAAGAUAAUCGUAAUUGUAAUCAUAAUCAUAAUCAUUCGUUUGCUCUUGU